CUUUAUGCUUCUUUGUUAACAAGUGUAGAAAAUUUUUUCAAAACAACCAAAUGGUCUCUAACGGCUAUCAUAUAGUUGCUGGUGAAAAUGGAGAAGAUGUAAAUGAAGAAACAGUAAACAUAUAUGAAGCAAAAUCAUACAGAGUUGUUUUACCCCAGCUUUACUCGGUUUGUGUAGCGUCAUCGUUUAAUUUGUUAACAGGAAUGAUUUUAUCAUUUUCGGGUAUUGUGAUCCCGGAACUUGAAAAACCCGAUGCCCAAAUUCAUGCGUCAAUAGACGAAACAUCUUGGAUAGCCAGUGCUACAUCGUUAUCGAUGGCGUUUGGCUCUAUUUUUAGUGGAUUUAUGGUAGAUCAUUUUGGAAGACUAGAAACCAUAAGAUUAUCGGCCUUACCUUCAAUUUUAGGAUGGCUUCUAAUUGCAUUGGCACAAAACACUGCCAUGGUGAUUUGUGGCAGAAUAUUUACAGGAUUAGGGGCCAUAACCGCAUUAAACGCAAGUGGUCCUUUUGUUUGUGAAAUAACUUGGCCACAAUUUAGGGGAAGCUUUCUGGCUUCAAUAUGCCUCGCUUCUUCCUUAGGAGUAGAGCUGAUAUAUUUAGGGGGAUAUUUCUUUAGUUGGAAAACAAUAGCCUGGUUGUGUUUUUGUUACGCUAUUCUAUUAUUCAUUGUAACUUAUUUCGUUCAAGAGAGUCCGAGUUGGCUGAUAAAAAGGGGAAGACUUGAAAUAGCCCGGAAAUCACUACAUUGGUAUACAAAAUAUCAAAAUUUGGACGAUGGAGAAAAGAACACUGCCGAGAUGCACUUAAAACACUUAACGAAACAAUUUCACAGAAUAAAUAAAAAAAUACAAAGUAAGAACCCAACGAAUUUAAACGUUCUAAAACGUUUUACGAAGCCCGGGACGUAUAAACCAGUACUAACUCUAAUCGGACUGUGUGCGAUACAACAAUUUUCUGGAAUUUAUGUUAUCACUGCAUACGCCGUAACUUUCUUUGAAAAUAUUGGAAGUAACAUUAGCCCAAUUAUAUGCUCAAACAUAGUUACGGGGUUACCAGUUCUCGCAUCGCUAUUAAACAUUUUUACAAUGAACAGCAUUAAAAGGAACAACCUUCUGAUGUUUAGCUGUCUAGGGAUGGCUCUAAGCCUUUUUGUUUCUGGAAUAUUUACUAAAUGGAUUCAAGAAGGAGUAUCUCAGGAGAAAUGGGUACCAGUAGUUUCUCUUUUCGUGUACAUGACGAUGGCCAUUUUGGGAUUGGAACCGAUACCAUGGGCAAUGAUGGGAGAAGUUACGCCAUCUGACAAUAAGGGUGUGAUUGUGGGAUUCGUCACAGUUACAGUGGAGGGCAUAAUGUUUGCAGCUAUUCACAGUUUCCGGACUCUGCAGCAACUACUGGGAAGUUCGGGGGUGCAAUUCCUUUAUGGUACAAUUGCCCUCUGUGGAGUAAUUUUUGUACGACUAUUCGUUCCAGAAACUUUUAAAAAAUCGCUGACUGAAAUCGAACAUAAUUUUCAUGAAAAAGUUUAGAAUAGGUCAAAUAAUGUAGAAGAAGCAUUAUAGUUUACAAUUUUUGUACCUAUUUCUCGUCAUUGUGAUUUAGUUUGUUAAA